CCCGAUUGAAUAGAUUUGCAAAAAUUGGGGCCCCAUUCGCUUCGACGCCUCACUCAGUCCCACUGCCUCACCAGAACACAGCGACCGCCGGACGACUGCCGCCGACGCCGGACCUCUUCUGCUCCGGCGUCAUCCCAGGAGUUUCUCUCUCAACAAAAUUGCACUAUAGAGCUUGCUUUUAAGUCUGUGCAUUCCCAACAAAAGCAGUAUGGCGAGUCACCUCCCUCAAGGGCGGCUGAUUAUUCAAAAUGAAAACUUCAGCAUGCAUCAGAAAGACCUUGUGGCUGAUGGAGCAACCAGGAGUUCUAAACCUACUGGCAAGAAAGCUGGGACUGGGUUUGGAAGCCGUAAAGCCCUCAAUGACAUUACAAACAAGCCAUCCGUUCGUCAUGAAGCAUCAUCAAAGAAACCGACUUUACUUAAGGAGGAGUUUAAUAUUGCAGAGGAAAGGUUUUUGCAUGAUCAUAAGAGGUGCAUUGAGGCACAACUAAAAGGAAAGGAGCCUUGUUUCUGGGAUACAGUUCUUCCAGGACAUGAUGAUGUUUCUCAUGUUGAAGAUCCCGAGUCUAAACGAGCCAAGACGGAUCCUGAAAGCCCCCGUUGCUACCCAGAACCCGUGGAGAUGCCAAUGAUCGAGUUCUCUGAUCGGUUAUCAGUCUCAACUCAAUGGGUCUCCCCUCAAUCUUCUCCGUUUCAAACUGAUUCUCCGCCUUCCUCUCCGUUGGUGUGGGGACUGGAGCAUGUUGACUUUGUAUUGAAGGAAUAAGAACAUGAUUGUGGAAACUUUACUCGCUUUACUUGUUUUUCGGACCACCUUUUAGAAGAACUGAUCGCAAAUUCUUCUCUUAUAAAGGAUGUUUCAUGUAUUUUCGUUCACUCAAUGGGAAAAUUCAUCAAUCUUCUUUCA